CUGAUUUAUCAAUGGGCUCUGCAGUCUUUAGGAGGAAAACACGUUCUUCCUCCAUCAGUUAGUGGAUAUUUAGUAAAGGAUGAGAAGAUAGUAUACUGGGGAUUUAUCUUUUAGGAGAAAGAUAAAUCACUCACACUGAUUACUUUUUAAAAUAUAUCUAUUAAAAACAUCUCUUUUUUUUCGUUUUCUUGCAAGAUAAUUACUGGGAUUUCUUUUUCUUUGGUUCUUGUUGUUCUCAGGCGACAUUUUGAUCCUAGCUGUCUGAUGAAAGGAAUCCACCUUCUAUAAAGAGACUGGACGCUUUGCUGUUGCUGUUCACUCGAGGAAGACGUGAAUAUUUUUUUAUUUUUUAUUUUGCUCUGUUCUUAUGGUUGGAGAUGAUGAUGAUGAUUGGAAGUGAAAGCGGCUUGGUGUCGGCGCUCCUCGCGCUUCUCCGCUCCGUGGUUCCUGCGCUGUUGCUGCUCGCGGUGUCGCGGCGGCUGUGGUCGCUCAGGUGGAGCGCGGCCCGGGACAAGGCGUGCGCGCUCCCGCUGCCGGAGGGCUCCAUGGGCUGGCCGCUGAUCGGGGAGACCUUCCACUGGCUCUUUCAGGGUUCCAGCUUUCACAUCUCCAGGAGAGAGAAACACGGCAAUGUCUUUAAGACCCACCUUCUGGGGAAACCCGUGAUCCGUGUGACUGGCGCUGAAAACAUUCGUAAGAUCCUGCUCGGCGAACACACGCUGGUGAGCACACAGUGGCCACAAAGCACACGGAUCAUCCUCGGACCAAACACGCUCGUCAACUCUGUCGGUGAUCUGCACAAGAAGAAAAGAAAAAUCCUGGCAAAAGUGUUCAGCCAGGCAGCACUAGAGAGCUAUCUGACGCGCCUUCAGGAUGUGGUAAAGGGUGAAAUCAGUAAGUGGUGUGCUGAAGCUGGCCCUGUGGAAGUUUACACUGCUACGAGGUCGCUCACGUUCCGCAUCGCUGUGCGCGUCUUGCUCGGCCUGAAGCUGGACGAGCGGCGCAUCACACACCUCUCCAAGACCUUUGAGCAGCUCAUGAACAACCUGUUCUCUCUGCCUGUGGAUGCACCUCUCAGCGGCCUGCGCAAAGGGAAAAAAGCACGAGAUGUUCUGCAUGCAGAGAUGGAGAACAUCAUCAAGGAGAAAUUAAAGAAGCAGAGCACGGACGAGUACUGUGAUGCUUUUGACUACAUGCUGAGUGCCGCAAAGGAAAACGAUUACAACCUGACCAUACAGGAGCUCAAGGAAACAGCAGUGGAAUUGAUUUUCGCCGCACACUCCACCACAGCCAGUGCGUCCACAUCGCUCAUCCUUCAACUGAUGCGCCAUUCUGAAGUCACAGAGCGUGCAAGGGCCGAACUGGAGGCUGAAGGUUUAUUGGUGGAUGCUCCCAGCUCUGGUUGCUUAUGCUGUAAUGAAAACAGCGAGGCUGAAAAGUGCACAAAUGACACGACACAGCCCCGUCUUAAAUCCAAACCUCUGCUCGAUAAAAUAACCUGGCCUGACAGACAAGAAGGUCAUCGAUCGCGGAUCAACGUCCCAUAUUUGAGUCUGCAGAAACUCAGUCAGCUGUCCUACUUGGAUAGUGUGGUAAAGGAGCUGCUUAGAUUUCUACCACCAGUGUCUGGGGGAUACAGGACAGUGCUGCAGACAUUUGAGCUGAACGGUUACCAGAUCCCCAAAGGCUGGAGCGUCAUGUACAGCAUCCGUGACACGCACGAGACUUCUUCUGCCUACACAAGCCCAGAGCUGUUUGACCCUGAGCGCUUCGCCCCUGACCGGGAUGAAAGCAAAACCAGUCGGUUCAGCUACGUGCCAUUCGGAGGUGGUGUCCGUAGGUGCAUCGGACGCGAACUUGCCUUGCUCAUGCUCAAAACACUCAGCGUGGAGUUGCUGGCCACAACCGAGUGGACGCUGGCCACAGAGACAUAUCCCAGCAUGCAAACAGUGCCCAUCGUUCACCCAGUCAACGGACUCCAUGUCCAUUUCAACUACAGGAAUCAAUCGGGUGGGAGAAACCGCAGGGAGUCCACACACAUAUAAAAAAAAAAACCCCACUCGUAUUUAUCAGUUACAUUUAUGCAUCCACUCUGUGAUUUUUGAACUGCAUUGGAGUGUUGUGUUUAACAGUCCAUCUAACAAAAAUCAGCUUACGAGGAACGCUGAAGUACAUUUCAAAAAGAAUUGAUGUUGAAGGGGUGAUUAAAAAGUCAAGGCAGGAACAUGGAGCAUGUCUGCUGUUAGCAAAUCAACAAAUGACUAACCUGUUUUGUGGAAAGGGAAAACAGAUGAAAGGAGAACAUAGACAGGGUAAUGAUCACUGAAUGGAUAUUGUUAGAACCAGAAUGUUUAUGUAGAACCCAUACACAGGGAUGUUGUAAUAAGAGGCAAGCUCUGAAUGGUUCGGUACCAGUUCGGUAGAAUUGAUGAACUGCUUCUCUCAGUGUGCUUAGAGUUUCUGCUCAUCUAGUGCUACAUACAGUUUGUCAAGAAUGUCUUAGUCUCUUGCUUGGACAGUCUUAAGUACUAUUUAGAGGAGAUAAGAUUUCCGGACAGUCUGUUUAAACUAUAUUGAACAAAGACAUCUAUAUCAAUUAUUAUCAAUUUGCAGGGGAUAAGCGAUCCUAUCUUCUUUAAAGUUCUAUACACAUAAGACAUUUGGAUAUGAGAUCAAAAGAUAUGAGAUGAUAAACCAGAAUUUCAGCUUACAGAUAUUUAUAUCUAGAUGUGGUGGACCACACAAAGAGGAAGUAUUUCGUGUUAAAGUAUAUAACACUUAAUAUUUGGCUUGUUUGGCUUUCUUUCAGUUGUUGUUUGCUACUGGGGGUUUGGUUCUCCCUUCAGACUCCUCUUCAGCAGGUGGAAAUACAAACUCAGUUGGGUUAAGGUUUGGUGAUUGACCUGUCCAAUCUAAAACCUUUUUUAGCUGAUGAGAGUCAGAUGAAGUUUCUCGCAAUUAGAUUGAAUACGUGUACAAGCCAUGACACCAAGCCAUGAGCUUGUCCAUUUUGGAUCAUGCAGAUCCUUUUUUUCUUCACAGUUUGGCCGUUCCAUCAGUUGAGUUUCAUCUCUGUAUUAUUUGUAAAUUCUCAUAUUGCUCUAUUGAUCUCAAACCAAAUGUCACAAAUGGGCCUCGCUGUUCCAAUAUUUUCAAAGGGAAUUU